UGACUGCCAAGCCUUCUCAUAGGUAAGAACAUAGAAAAUGCCGCGCGGUGGGCGAAAAGCGGGCAACAAGAGCGGAGGCGCGGAGCCGCGAUCUUUCUUCUACCAGUUUUCGAACCUGUAUCGUGCGGCGCUGGAGAAUUUACAGGACACGACCUCCGACCACGACGUGAAGCAGAAUAAAACCGCAAUCCCGUCAAUAGCGCCAGUCCGUCAAAUUCCCGACCAGUUCCGAUCUAUCGACACAUACGCGGACAUUUUCUCCGGCCUAGUUGGCGCUGAGUGUCACGCGUUCGUGAAGGAGCAGUGGCGAAUACAUCUGGCCAGUGCUGACAGUGGAGGGAAAUACUAUAAAGGGUCGUCGUCGUCGGCAUCUUCAAGCACGCGGGGAUGGUUCAAUUCGUCAGCUAGCAAUAGCCGCAGCAGCUCUUCCUCUUCUCUCUCGAAUAUCUACCCGGUGGAAGUGACCGAUGCGAGUUCACGAACGUCCGGAGUCCAGCAUAACUUGCUCACGGUUUGCUUCUCGAAUAAUCCCUCGACCGAGCCGGUGCGCAGUUUUCAGCGCCACUGCAUCGUCGCCGUGCGGGUACAAGGGUCGAGGCAUUGGCACCCCUUUGUCAUCGCCACCAGUAACGCAAAUGAGCUCGCCUUCAACAGUAGUUCAGGGGGCUCGAGCACGAGCUCGUCAUCUGCAUCAUCACAUCGGGACAACUUGCUGUGGACCGGUGGUCGAGGUGGUGGGACUAGUACACCUCUGACUUUGCAGCUUUUCACAACGCAGACGGAUGUUAUUGUUGGAAUGGAGCAUGAUGCGCCGGAUAUUAUUUCGUCGUCCAAAGCCAGAAGCAAAUUAUCAGCGACAAAGAACUACUAUUUUUACAGUGGCAGUACUAACGCGGGAUCAAAUAAAGCGUCCUUCUUCCAGUCGGCUUUUGGGUUCGAGGAGUUCAAUCCAAAUCACCACCGUCCCCCGGCCGGGCAACGGCGCACCGCCGAGCAAAAAGAGCAGGACGCGAAAAAGUUGUUCUUUAAGAAGAAGCAGCACUAUAGGUCUGUGUCGCAGUUAGAGCUCCGCAUUGUCGCGGACUGCUGCCUCUACACUCGGAUGUACGAAGCGGCAAAUUUAAUCGCGCGGGUGAAGUUGCCGACCAGUGGGGGCAACGGGGAGAGUGACCGGCUUUCUUUCUGGGCACAACUGUUGGGAUCCGCGUCCUCGCAGCAUAUGGUUUUUGACAGUAGCUCCGAGGAAGACGAGGAUGAUGGAGAGCAAACGGUUAGCUGCUUACCACUUGAUCGACCACUAGCAACAGGAAACGCCGCUCACCCCGACCCAAAGAAGCAGCCAGAGGCGCGCUGCGGCGGAAACGCAGCCGGAGGCACUGACUCAUGUGGCACUUCCACCCCUGCGACAGGAGAGAAAAUGCAGAUCAUCGAGAUGCAAACAGCCGGGCUAUUGAAACUGAAUCCUGCGCAGCAAACCGCGCUUCGUCUGAGCCACACAAACCCUCUGGUUUGCAUCCAGGGUCCCCCGGGAACGGGAAAAACAAGGACGAUUGCGCAGAUUGCGCAAUCGCUUUUGGCGACAGGAAUAGAAACAUUCGCUGGAGGAGCAGCUGCUGUAGAAAAUAUUCACAAAACCUGCUUGCUCAUUUGCGCCGCUUCUUCCAACAAAGCCGUGUGCAACAUGUUGGAGCGCUUCGUCGCAGAGGAAGAGAAAACGUCGAAGCGAGCCAAUCUGCACCACAAGAAGAAAAUUGCUUACAUCGGGGUAGACGAGAAGAUCCCGGACCACGCACGGCCGUACUUCGUACACACGCGGGUGGAAUAUUGCACGACGCAGGAGGAUUUUGAAAAGUUACGACAAGACGCACCGAACUGGUGUUCGCAAUUUUCCGAUUAUUCGGACUUUCUUGCCGCGAAGAGUAGAGCGCAGCAUGCGAGAUUUGGCCCUGUGUUGCGCACGGACGAAUCGUUGGAGACGGAACUGUUGAAGAGCGCUGACAUACUGUUUUCCACGCUCGCCUGUCUGGGACGCCCACGCAUGGUCAAUUUGCUCAAGCCGGUAAAUUCAUCUGCAAGAACGAAAGUUAUACGAGGGAACAAAAGCUGUUCAAGCAUUGUAACUGUGGCGCUCAGAAGAAAGAUCUUUCAGAAUGGAUUUUCAUACGGAGCAGAUGCUGCAGCACGUAGCUACGCGGACGAUUAUGGCGAGGAGUCGCCGCUCUCCAGCGGUGCGGAGGAGGAGGGCGAUGUUGUGGCUGGGGUCGAGGUUGCUGACCUUCAUCGUAACUCGGCACCGACGAUGAUGCGAGACAACGAGGAGUCAUAUGCGGCUGGCAGCGAAGAUUCAUCUUGCUCGAGCAUUGCAGACGAUGACGCUGACGUUGAGGGGCUGGCCGACUGUAUUUCGGACGACGACCUACGGAUGUCGCUGCAGCGGAAGUUUCCUGAGGUGGUUGCAAUGAAUAAAAAAUCCUCUGCAAGCAAGGUGGAUGUAAAUAAAAUAGCCUCGUCAGCAGGAUCGAAAAACAGACAGAAGGAGCAGUCUGCUAGCUCUAGCUGCACCGCGACCCCGACAUCAAAUCUGCAAGGAGCAUCGGAACAACAACUACAACCGCAGAGGCAAGAGCGACAAGCGCAAGAACCAGAAGGAAGAACGCGCCCAAAUAACACUAGCAGUAGCACGACCCAACAUCUUCCUCGCCAGCUCUUCAUCAUCGUCGAUGAGGCCGCGCAAGCGGUCGAAGCGGAGACGAUGAUUUGUCUGGGGCUGCAGCCAGACAGGCUGAUUUUGGUGGGCGAUCCCCAGCAGCUGUCCGCCACCGUGUUGUACUCGGAGCAAUGUAGAAAAGCCGGGUAUACAAGAAGCUUGCUGGAGCGACUGAUGAAAAACGAGGCGGAGCAGAACGGCGUGAAAACACUCAAAAGCUGCAAUAAGCUUCCUGGAAACAAGCUCAACGCAUCCUACGCGACCGCCCCGGUGCAGUUGUUGGACACGCAAUACCGGAUGCACCCCGAGAUCUGCAGAUUCGUCAAUCAGCGGUUUUACGGAGGAAAGUUGAAGACCUGCCACGAAGUUGGCGGGAAAGAUUCACACCAGCAGCUCCCAUCCUGCUUGCGAUCAGAUUCAGAUCGGUUGUCGAAUAUUACGCCACGACUUGGAGAAGGAGACUUUUUUCGACUAUCGAACCUCGCCGCGUUGCUCCAAAGUCGGCCAUACUUGAUUGUGGACCACGGGUUUCUCGAGGACCGGUCGCGAUUCAGUAUCAGAAACGAAAAGGAGGGGGAUCUGCUGCUGAAGGUGCACAGAAUUCUAACAGGUUGUGACUUGUCUUCGUCGUUAGUAUCUGGGAAAAAUUAUGUCGAUGACGAGGACGUGAAGAUCAUCACUUUCUACAACGGACAAAAGGACUACUUGUCCCGCUCCCUUCCCAACUAUGGCCGCAACAUUGUGCACACGGUGGACUCAUUCCAGGGUAGCGAAGCGCCGGUCAUCUUACUCUCAAUGGUCCGCUCCUCGAGCCAGCACGGGUUUCUGUCGGAGUUCCGUCGAUUGAAUGUCGCGCUUUCCCGCGCACAGCACGCGCUGGUGGUCUUCGCAAAUGUGGAGGGCUUGCUGCAGAAGAAGGCAAACUCGUCUUCGCCAGAUCAAGAACAGAACGAGGUGACGGCUUUUCUGGAAGAUGCCCGGGCGAGGGGCUGCGUAAUUUCUGCUGCGGAUUUUGAGAAAGAAGUGUUUCAACAAAACAGGAGCGCAAAGAUGAAGCCGGCUGCGGCGCCAUCGGGUGUUUCUGUGGUUGAUGAUGAGCAAGUGCCUGGCACCACCUCAACAAAACGGUUGACUGAGAAAGAAAUCAAGCCCGCUCUGAGGAAGCAGCUUGUGAUAUCGAACGCUGAUCAGAAGAGAAACCGGAGCCAGGCGCAAGUCUCAAGUCCUGCGGAUCGGAAUGCGGCUCGUGAAAUAAGUACGAAGAAGAAGAAAAGAAAAGUUCUUGUGAAGUCGAAAGCAAGACGGUAGUAGCUGGUAAGUAGUUCAAAUGCCAUUCAUUCCGCUACAGUGUCAGAGGAAGAGGAUAGCUUCUACUUAUGUAAAGAAGUAAAAGGAAAAGCACGCAAAUUGAAAUGCUAAAAAGCGACAUCGAUCCCCAAGACCUCCGCAAGUGAUGCUUUCAUUUGCAAGAACAAGUGCAAG